AUGGCGCCAUCACAGCCCCCAAAGAACAUCGUCAUUGUCGGCGGCGGCAUCGUCGGCAGCACGAGCGCCUACUUCCUCUCGCACCACCCUUCUUUCGACCCUCAGACCACUACCAUCACCCUCCUCGAAGCCACCCAGAUCGCCGGCGGUGCGAGCGGCAAAGCCGGCGGCCUGCUCGCCCUGUGGGCCUAUCCCUCAGCCAUUGUUCCACUCUCCUACCGCUUGCACAAGGAUCUCGCCGAAAAGUACGACGGCCCGCAGCGCUGGGGAUACCGCGGCGUGCACUGCGGCCAACUUGAUGCCAUCGGGCGCAAGGCAAACAGCAACAAGAAAUCCGCAGCCAGCAAUGAUGCCGACGGCGCCCACGUCAGCCUGCAAAAGCGCACGCCCGAAGCGAUUGCGCUACUGCGCAAGGCUGGAGUCCCCGCAGAUCUCGACUGGGUUCUACCUGAGGGCGUGCGCGCCUAUGAGGAGAUGGGCGACCCCAGCACCACGGCCCAGGUGCACCCCUACCAGUUCACGACGAGCAUGGCAUCGCUGGCCGAAGAGCGGGGUGUCAAAGUUGUGCUGGGCAGCGUGACGCGGAUCAACCAGAGCAGCGACAACGCCGUCGAGAGUGUGAGCUAUACGCCCAAAGACUCCACCACCGAGACUACCAUCCCCGCCGACAGUGUAAUCGUGUCCGCCGGCCCCUGGACGCGGAAUGUCUGGCCCUCGGCGCCCAUCUCGGCCCUGCGCGCGCACAGCGUGACCAUCCGCCCGACGCGGGAUGUGUCGAAUUACGCGCUCUUCACCAGCAUCGCGAUCCCCGGCUCCAUGCCCGUCGCGCCCGAGAUCUACGCCCGCCCCUUCCAGGAAGUGUACGCUUGUGGCGAGGGCGACACGCUGGUGCCGCUACCCACCACGACCGCCGACGUCGAGGUCGAUGCGCAGCGCUGUCAGGAAGUCAUCGACCAGGUGGGUGCCAUCAGCGACGAAUUGCGCGACGGUGAGGUUACGGCGCGUCAGGCGUGCUACCUGCCCAACGUGAGCCGAGGCGGUGGCGGCCCCAUGAUCGGCCCUGUUCCUGGUGUCAAGGGGCUGGUUAUGGCGGCUGGACACACGUGCUGGGGCAUUCAGAAUGGUCCGGGGACGGGAAAACUCGUUAGUGAGAUUGUGUGGGAAGGGAAGGCAAAGAGCGCGAAUAUCUCGAGUUUGAGCCCGAGCCGGUGGAUGUAGGUUGAUGUUUGUUGUUGUUUAUGUUGUUAUUAUAGCGUUGAUGCAAAUAGAAAGCGAAAGGCAAAAGCGAGAUUUUUGUACUAGAUUAAUAUAAUAGACUUGUUUCGGAC